CAUGACAUGCUAUUAAUGAAUGAAGAUAGGAAAAAGGCUGAAGUAAGUAUCAUUUUCAUUAUGAAUUCAGUAAUAAGCUCAAUACAAAGAUUCCCAUUGACCUGUCUUCACUUCUCCUCCUCCAUUCCUUCCCAUAAGAUAAGAUUACAACCUACAACAACUAAACUCUUCCGUCUCUCUUCUACUCUCGAAUCUUCCACUCCAACUUCAACUCCAACUUCGAUUUCUACUUCCCCCACUACUACUAAUACGAGUACUGACGCCAUGGCUGCUCUCCCCACUGACGACGUAGCUCACGACUUCUCCCCCUUUCUCAAAAUUUACAAAGACGGCCACAUUGAGCGACUCGUCGGUAUCGACGUUGUCCCCCCCUCGCUUGACCCCAAAACUGGCGUCGAAUCCAAAGAUGUCGUGAUCUCACCAGAAACCGGCGUCAAGGCAAGGCUGUACGUCCCGAACUCAGCCGCUAGCCAACCUCAGAAAAAGCUUCCACUGGUGGUUUACUUUCACGGCGGAGGUUUCUGCGUCGAGACGCCUUUCUGCGCCAAGUACCACAACGCCGUCAACAACUUGGUCGCCGAAGCCAACGUGGUCGCUGUCUCUGUUGACUACCGACUGGCUCCUGAGAACCCGAUCCCGAUUGCUUACGACGAUUCAUGGGCUGCCGUCAAGUGGGUCGUUUCCCACUCCGGAGGAACCGGUCCCGAUGAGUGGCUGAACUCACUUGCCGAUCAUAAGCAAGUUUUCUUCGCAGGAGACAGCGCCGGGGCUAACAUUGCCCACCACAUGGCUCUGCGAGCCGGGUUGGAGGGUGGACUAGUGGGGAGUAGCGAUGAUUCGAAGCUGGUGGGUGUUGCUCUGAUUCAUCCAUACUUUUGGGGAGCGGAGCCCGUCGGCGAUGAGGCGAAACAUCCAGAGAAGGCGAAAUCGGCGGAGGGGAUUUGGCGUUUCGCGUGUCCUACUACGAGUGGUGUCGAUGAUCCGUACAUAAACCCGGCUAAGGAUCCGAAUUUGAAGAAGUUGGGUUGCGACAGAGUGCUGGUUUGUGUGGCUGAGAAUGAUUUAUUAAAGGAUAGGGGAUUUUACUAUAAGGAGAUUUUGGAGAAGAGUGGCUGGGGGGGGACGGUGGAGGUGGUGGAAGCCACCGGCGACGACCAUGUAUUCCACCUGUCAAAACCAACUUGUGACAAUGCUGUGGCCAUGCUCAAGAAAAUAUCUUCCUUUAUCAAACAAGACUAGGCAGGCCCACACAUUAUUAGUGGAGAGAAUUUUAUUUUUUAUUUAUUAUAAUUUUCACUUUUCAUUUUGUACAAGAAAAUAAAGUGAAAUUCUCUCUUACUUUAUUGAUAAUGCAAUUGCUUAUUGGGUGUCUUUAGUUUAUGGUUACGGAUGCAUCAUGUUAUCUUUAUCACUAUUAAUGAAAAUGACAUAUUUUUAGCUGUAAA